GGUGUGUUGGAAAACAAUACAAACACUUAUCAUAAUUUGCACGAUUCAAACAACCGAAUUCCAGUCGAAAAUAACAUACAAGAAAGAAAAAAAAUAAAUGUGCCAACUAUGGGAAUUAUGGAUAUAAUGUUCGAACUUGUGAUGUAG